AUGCAUAAAUUAUUUAUUUUAAAUAUUAUAUUAACUUUUUUGACGAUGUACUCCCUGCUAUGAAAGAUAUAGUUAAAGGUUCCUUCACACGAGGUCUACUCCAUAAAGACUAUUUUUUUCGGCCUAUUUUUUUUUUGGCCUAUUUUUUUUUGGCCUAUUAUUUUUUGGCCUAUUUUUUUGGCCUAUUUUUUUUUGGCCUAUUUUUUUUUGGCCUAUUUUUUUUUGGCCUAUUUUUUUUGGCCUAUUUUUUUUUGACCUAUUUUUUUUGACUUUUUUUUGGAUAUUUUUUACUAA